AUGGGGAAUGCAGAAUGUCGACAAAAUACUGGGAGGAGUUGUUCUGAAGACGACUCUCCAGCCCUUUCUUUUGAUGAGAAUUUUCCAAAUUAUAACGAAACUACAAUUAAUAGAGGAACUAUUGUCAGUCCUAAACCUCAGUUGAAGUUCCAUUCAAUUUGUGGUACCAACAUAAUUUUACUUCGAGAUGGAAGGGUUGCUAAACGACGGGAAUCGUUCUGCAAAGGUUUAGCCUUCAGUAAUAGACCCAUUGGUAUUGGAGAAAUUGUGUGUAUUCGUUUAUGUGAAGUUGGGAAUAAUUGGUCGGGGGUUAUGAGGUUUAGAUUUUUUAAUUUAAAAAAUUUCUAA